CUCCGUAGACUUACAUUUUCCUUGAAGUCUUGCUCUCUUGCCUUGGAAAUUCAAAUCGCAUUUCUGUGAAAAUGUUAUUUCCUCUUCAAACAAUCAAAUCCCGCCACGUGUCCAUCUUUCUAAUUAAAUACAUAUCUUGACGCCGCGCCAUUAUUGGCUGUAAUCGUAGACUACAUUUGCCGCAUGAGUCUUUCUCUCUCGCCUCGAAAUUCUAUCAAAAGGAUAAUGGAGAAGCCUCAGAAAGAAAAACUAGAAGAGAUGGGUGAGGAUCUCAUCAACGAUGGAGGAGAAGAUAAUCCAUGUUCGGCAGGAUGUGAAGUCAUUGCUGACCAAAGUCCGGAAAAGUAUGCUAGAAUUCCUAAGCAUGUAAAGUGCAUAGAAGAUGUUGUGAAGGAUCACGCUCUUCAAUUCCUCCCUGCAAAGUCACUUUACAGGUUUAAAACUGUUUCGAAAGAGUGGAAUAAGUGGAUAAAGAAUCCUUUUUUUGCCCACUCGCAAACCAAUCACUUCAAGGACGUCUCUGGUCUUUUUCUCCAGUUUCCUGAUGGACGCCCAUCCUUCAUUUCACUUGAUCCAACUUCUUUUGGCAUUCCUAGUGACUCUCUCAGUUUCUUGCCUGAACAAGCCAUUGACAUCAGAAGCACUUGCAAUGGGUUGCUCUGCUGCCAAAGCCGCCAUGGAAAUGAAUCCUACUACAUUUGCAACCCAGUGACUAAGAAUUGGAGGAGGCUUCCCAAUCCAAAUUUUUAUCAUCCACCUGGAACUGCAGUAGCACUUGCCUUUGAACCUUCUGUAUACAAUUUUACUGCAAAUUAUGAACUCAUCUGUGUUGUCCCUUUGCCUGAAUCUCCUGUUUUGCAUUUUGAGAUAUACUCUUCCAGGUCAAACUCUUGGAGAAUAAGUGAAACUGUAUGCUGCGUAUUGGAUGCUCUGGCAUUGAAUAAUGAUGGGUUUUACAUGAGGGGAGUUGCCUAUUGGGAAACACAGUCUGGUGCAGUUUUGGCAUUCAAUGUUAAGUAUGAAUAUUUUGGGAUUCUCAAUCUUCCACCUUGCAGUGGACCAACUGGUGCUUUAACAGAGAUGCAUGGAAAUUUGUGCUACAUUAUGUCUCGCAAGCAAGAGGAGGAUGAUAACUACAUUAUUGAAGUCUAUGGAGAUAUGAACAUGAGUUUGAAGCAUGUGAUUCCGAUUAGUCCUCAAGUAGCUGCAAGUAAUACAGCUCCGAUGUGCCGGGCUGUGUGUUUUGUGAAUGAUGACACGCUGAUCCUUGAUCUUGAUGGGAAGAUUAUUGCUUAUCAUGCAACAAAAAACCAGGCGAAGUGCUUAAGAAAUGGAAUGAACAAAGGAUUUGGAAAGUUUCUGCCAUAUGUGAACAGCCUUGUGUCUGUACGCCAUUCAGCUCUCAGUAAAUAUUCAGGUUGAUUUUCUUGCUUGAAGAACUGGUGGUUUGAUCUUGUAUUUAGCUCUGCUACGAUCUUAUAUUGCCAUGGAGCAUUGGAGAUUUUGAACCGAAUAGCAAAUGGAAACUCUCAGCCACGGGCGUUUCCAUGUUUUGGGAACAGUUCUCCAUGUCUGUUUCUUCGUUUGAAACACCGUUUUCCUUGUAAGAUUAAAAUAAAUGUUUUCCUCGUUUCCACAUUUCUUCAUUUUCGUGCAACAUAGUUUUUCUCUGAUGUGCUAUAAUAACUGAUUUGGUGCUUGCUCAAUUAGUGAUUAAAGCUCCAAUUGAACA